AUGGGCAAAAAGAAGUCGAAAGGCGAAUACAACGAUUUCCUAGAUGGCGAGAAGCUGCGCGACAACACCGAGAUCAGGACGACAUUACAGGGCUUUGCAUCUCGAGACAUUCCAUCACCAGCAAUACAAAAAGACCAGAAAGACAGCAAGAAACCAGGCAAAGGCGGCGCAAAGAAACCACAACUCACACACUUCCUCUGUCUCCCCCUAGUCACCGACUCAAGCCGCCCCCAACUCCAGCAAAGACUCGAAAACUUCAAAGAAGAGCUAUCAAAAGGUGGACCCGUCCCCACGAAAGCCGUCCGACCAGUCGGCACCCUGCACCUCACCCUCGGCGUAAUGAGUCUCUCCCCCCAACAAUUAGAUCAAGCGCAGCAGUAUCUACAAGACCUCGACCUGCACACCCUCCUACGCGACAUAACCCACCUCCGCGUCGCAGAAGCCGCCGCCGAAAGCGGCGAGAUAGCCGAGAACCUCAAUGCCGCCGCCAUGCCCGACACGGACGCUCUGACAAUAAACCUAGAAUCCUUGGUUCCGAUGCAAGCGCCGCAUAAAACGAGUAUCCUGUAUGCGGAACCGAGGGAUGUGUCGCAGCGGUUGUAUCCUUUUGCUGAGGCCCUGCGAGAGAGGUUUCUGGGAAGGGAGUUGUUGGUUGAGGAUACCAGGCCGUUGAGGUUGCAUGCUACGGUUUUGAAUACGAUUUAUGCGAAGCCGAAGGGGAGAGGGGGGAGGGGGAGGGAGAAGAGUGGGAUGUUGAAAGAUGGGUUCAAGCAUGUGGAACGUAAGGUUUCGCCGAAUCAUCAUGGGAAUGGGGUGGAUGGUCAGACUGGGAACACAGGCGCCAAUGGCCACGAUGAAAAUGAAGAAGAUGGCGCGUCGACAGCAGGGUCUGUAGAUGGUAACGCUACCGAAGCUUCAACAGCAGAGUCAUCCCGUCCGAUCGGUGAAGGUCAUGGUCCUGAUGGCAAGAGUUGGAUGCGCUUUGACGCCCGCAAUCUGAUUGAGAAGUACAAGGGUUUUGUCUGGGCGGAGGGUGUCAGGGUGGAUAGAGUCUGUAUCUGUAAGAUGGGCGCGAAGAAGAUUUGGAGUGGAGGUGCGAAAGGACAGGGUGAGGUGCUGGAUGAACGGUAUGAGGUCGUUUGUGAGAAGGAAAUCUUCUAG